UAGUCGCGUGGGUGCAGGUGGCGCACUUCCUGUUCGUUUGACAACAUUAUUCGUACGGCUGUUUUUCUUGUGUCAGAGGAAACAAACAUGUCGUUUACGUCAUCCUCGCUGUGAUGACUUCGCUGUGACGUCAUCAGGAGGAAACGCAGAAACGGCUUGACUGCGCGCGGACGCGUUUCUGUGCGUGACUUGGCUUCACCCGUGGAAAUGAGCGCUGACAUGUAGCUAACGUGGAGUUAUUCUCCUGUGGAACGUUCUCGUCUCUUUCAGGUCGGGGUUUAGGGUCCUUCUCUUUCAGGUCAGGGUUUAGGGUCCUUCGGUUUGCUGUUCGUGCGUUUCCGGUCUUUUGUCGCGCGCCUGUUGUCUACUUUUAGGCGUUAGCAAGGUUGCGUUAGCGGGGUUGCUAACCAACCACGCACACACAAACGGAGCUUUCGCAGUAGCAGCAGCGCAGACCGUCGUGACGUCACAAUGAGUUUCUUCAGUUUCGGACAGAGCGCAGAAAUCGACGUGGUGCUGAACGACGCGGAGACGAGGAAGAAAGCGGAACACAAGAGCGAGGACGGGAAGAAGGACAAAUACUUUCUGUUCUACGACGGAGAAACUGUCAGUGGGAAAGUGAAUGUGACCCUGAAGAAUCCCGGGAAGAGGCUCGAGCACCAAGGCAUCAAGAUCGAGUUUGUGGGACAAAUAGAGCUGUAUUACGACAGAGGAAACCAUCACGAGUUUGUCUCUCUGGUCAAAGAUCUUGCGAGACCUGGUGAAAUAACUCAGUCACAGACGUUCGACUUUGAGUUCACUCACGUGGAGAAACCGUACGAGUCGUACACGGGACAGAAUGUCAAGCUACGAUAUUUCCUCCGUGCGACAGUCGUCAGACGACUCAAUGACAUCAGUAAAGAGCUGGACAUCGUUGUCCACACACUGAGCACGUACCCCGAACUCAACUCCUCCAUCAAAAUGGAAGUCGGAAUCGAGGACUGUCUCCACAUCGAGUUCGAGUACAACAAGUCCAAGUACCAUUUGAAAGAUGUCAUUGUCGGAAAAAUCUAUUUCUUGCUGGUGAGGAUUAAGAUCAAACACAUGGAGAUCGACAUCAUCAAACGUGAAACGACAGGCACCGGACCCAGUGUUUACCACGAAAACGACACCAUCGCCAAGUAUGAGAUCAUGGACGGCGCUCCGGUCAGAGGUGAAUCCAUUCCCAUCCGGUUAUUCCUGGCCGGUUAUGAUCUGACUCCGACGAUGCGAGACAUCAACAAGAAGUUCUCAGUGCGAUACUACCUGAACCUGGUGCUGAUCGACGAGGAGGAGAGACGCUACUUCAAACAGCAGGAAAUCACGCUGUGGAGAAAAGGCGACGUGGUGAGGAAGAGCAUGUCGCACCAGGCCGCCAUCGCCUCCCAGAGGUUCGAGGGCUCGGCAGCGUCAGAGAGCGCACUGGAACAAGCCGCGAAGGAGGAGAGCGGAUAGAGACGCCGUUGUCGCCGCCACCGCCCACCACCAGUCCACGUCUGCGACAAAUUAGCCCGACAACUGAUCAACAACUCGUCAACAAGCAGCAGGAAGAAGGGAGAGUGACGACACACAGUAUGUGACCGUUUCUUUUUCCAUGAGGGAUUUCAAACGGCUGCUGGUCUUCACUUUCCUCAUUCAUUCAUUCAUUAUUUUUUUCUGUACGGGAAUCAAAUUAAUCACCUGUCACGAUAUUCACUGUGUAAAAAAAAUCCCUGUAUUUUUUAAGAUUUCUUGUUUGUUACGGUCUUUAAGCUCGUUUGGGCGUAAAAUUCAUGCCUUCAUUAACGUGACGACAUUCCAUGUUUAACGUCUUCACAUUGUUUCGAAACAGGUCAAGAAAUCGGAGGUUAGUUUUUUGCACUGCUUCAUUUCGUCUGUUUGGGUUUGUGUCGUCGUGUGUUUCUAUAAAAAAAGAAAUGGAAGUGAAAACUGGAAUCUUUGUUUUUCCUUUUUGACCUUUUUAAGUAUUAUCUGACGCUAUUUUUUUGUUUUUUAAAAACCUGUAAAUAAGACCAGAGAAAUCCUGUUGCAGCUCGUGUACGUGGAUAAUAGAGCACACGGCGCCACACAGUGACCGUUCAUGUCCGUAUGCUUUACCUCAGCAUUCCAGUGGUGAGUGUUAGGAACGCGUGUCAAAAAAGUCUAAUAGUAUGAACUUAAUCUUCUUUAGAGACUUGAAAUUUGUGCCUCAGUGUUUCAAGCUAAUGAAAUCCUCCUGCCUCUAACAUAACUUUAGUCUUUUAACCAGAGAAAAAUGACUACAACUAUCUAUCUUUUGAAAAAUGCUAAUUACUAAACCCUCCCUUCCCCCUUGUUCCCCUGAAAGUCAAAUAAAUGAUGCCAAAUGAAAAACUAAAAA